AUGUCCCAACUAAACAAGAUCACAGUCACCAACCCCAUUGUGGAAAUGGACGGGGACGAAAUGACCCGUAUCAUCUGGCACCUAAUCAAAGCUAAAUUGAUCGUUCCCUUCCUAGACGUGGACUUGAAAUACUACGAUUUAUCCAUUGAGAACCGUGAUGAGACCAAGGAUAAAGUCACCAGAGACUCCGCUAAGGCAACUUUGCAAUACGGUGUCGCCGUGAAGUGCGCUACCAUUACCCCGGAUGAACAACGUGUUAAGGAAUUCCACUUGCAUAAGAUGUGGAAGUCGCCCAAUGGGACCAUUAGAAAUAUCUUGGGUGGGACAGUGUUUAGAGAACCUAUUGUCAUUUCUAAUGUGCCACGUUUGAUUCCAAAUUGGGAAAAACCUAUUAUUAUUGGGAGACAUGCGUUCGGUGAUCAGUACAUGGCAAAGGAUAUCGUUGUGCCCAAUAAGGGGAAAUUGAAGAUUGUAUUUGAAAAUGAAGUGGGUGAAGAUAUUGUUAAGGAUGUUUUCCAAUUCCCUGAGAAUGGUGGUGUCGCUAUGAUGAUGUAUAAUACUACAGAUGCCAUUGAAGGGUUCGCAAGAUCUUCGUUCCAAUUGGCCUUGGAGAGACAAUUGCCAUUGUAUUCCACUACCAAGAAUACCAUUUUGAAGAAAUAUGAUGGGAAAUUUAAGAGUGUCUUUGAAGACAUGUAUGAGAGGGAAUAUAAACAACAAUUUGAAGAUUUGGGAAUUUGGUAUGAACAUAGAUUAAUUGAUGAUAUGGUAGCACAAAUGUUGAAAUCAAAAGGUGGUUUUAUCAUCGCAAUGAAAAAUUAUGAUGGUGAUGUGCAAUCUGAUAUUGUAGCUCAAGGGUUUGGAUCUUUGGGAUUAAUGACAUCUGUGUUAGUAGCACCAGAUGGGAAGACUUUUGAAAGUGAGGCCGCCCAUGGGACCGUCACUAGACAUUAUAGACAACAUCAACAGGGGAAGGAAACUUCAACAAAUUCCAUUGCUUCCAUUUUUGCCUGGACAAGAGGUAUUAUACAAAGAGGGAAACUGGAUGAUACACCUGAGGUGGUUAAAUUCGGUGAAUUACUGGAAAAGGCCACUAUUGAAACUGUUCAGAUUGAUGGUAUCAUGACUAAAGAUUUAGCUUUGAAUAUGGGGAAGACUGAAAGAUCAGCAUACGUGACAACUGAAGAAUUUAUUGAUGCGGUCGAAAAAAGAUUAACAAGAGAAUUUAAACAGAUUUUUUAA